GGCUCACUCUCCUACAACGCAUCCUAAAUAAGCAUCUUAAUUCAUAGUCUCUUGGUCCUUCCUUCCUUCUUCUGCUCAAUAAGUGUGUGCCACUCUAAUUAAUUACCACCCCCUUCUAGACAUAGUUCUUCUCCCUCUGUUCUCUAUUCUCUACACUGUGAAACCAAGAUGAAGGUAGCAUUUGCAGCUGUUCUACUUAUAUGCCUUGUCCUCAGCUCCUCCUUGUUCGAGGUGUCAAUGGCUGGUUCUGCUUUCUGUUCCUCCAAGUGCUCGAAGAGGUGUUCUAGAGCUGGGAUGAAGGACAGGUGCAUGAAGUUCUGCGGGAUUUGCUGCAGCAAGUGCAACUGUGUGCCAUCUGGGACUUAUGGGAACAAGCAUGAGUGCCCUUGCUACAGAGACAUGAAGAACUCCAAGGGCAAGGCCAAAUGCCCUUGAUUAUUUUUUUUUUUCACCAUCCACACAUCAACUUCAAGCCUUUGAUUCAGUCACUACCGUGCAUGUAUAUCUCCACCUUAGAGAUAUUCCACCAUGGACCCUUGCUAGCUGAUUAUGUUUACUACCUUUAUUGUUGUGUUUGUGUAUUACAUAAAGAGAAAAAUUUGGUCACUUUAGUUGGAUCGGAUAUGCAUGAUACAUGAGAGUGAGAAUAAAUCGGGGUCUUCUUUGUCCUCGUGUGAAUUUGGUCUGUCUUAAUUAGGCUCUAUGGAUAGUUAAUAAAAAUGAAUUCUCCUUUUGUAAAUUGUGAAAAUUCACCUUUUAAUUUCUGAGGAAUAACUUUUUGUUC